AUGGCGCCUACACAAUUACCCCAAUCGGGAAACCCUUUGGUCUUUUUCGACAUCACCCUCGGAGGUAACGUUUUCCGCCCACCUCUCCCAUCUCAUCUCAGCCUUGACUUGAACCUGACCAAAAUAUAUCGGGAUACAGGCGAGCCGCUCGGACGGGUCACGUUUGAGCUGUUCAAGGACGUCGUCCCUAAGACGGCCGAGAACUUUCGCCAGUUCUGCACCGGCGAGAGCAAGGACUCCGUCGGCCGGCCCCAAGGCUACAAGGGCUCCAAGUUUCACCGCAUCAUUUCCAACUUCAUGUGCCAGGGCGGCGACUUUCUCAACGGCGACGGCAGCGGCUCGACCUGCAUCUGGGGCCACAAGUCGUUCGCGGACGAGAACUUUACCCUCAAGCACGACCAACCCGGUCUGUUAUCCAUGGCUAACGCCGGCCCCAACACCAACGGAUGCCAGUUCUUCGUCACCACCGCGCAGACGCCCUUCCUCGACGGCAAGCACGUCGUCUUCGGCAAGGUCGUCGACGGCAUGGACGUGGUCCGCCGGAUGGAGGCCACCAAGACGGGCUACAAGGGCAAGGACGUGCCGAACCUGGACGUCGUCAUCGCGCAGUGCGGCGAGAUGUAA